UCUUGCUACAGUCCUAUACUCCUAUACUCCUGCUUGCCUCCAGUAUGCUGGUGGUAUUGUGGAUCUGGGAAAGUUUUGUCUCAGUCGAUUGUGUUGGCCAUUCCUAUUGCUCCACAGAUCACUCAUAAUAGAACUGAUCCUGCGCCGCUCUCAUCGAUGUUGUAUCACUCUCAUCGCUGUCUUAUCAGUUUAAUUACUGGCAUCAGGUGUAGCAGCAUGGUUUUCUCAUGGUGAUUGACCGAUAAUCUUCUAUUAUCCAUUUUUAUUCUAGCUUGGGCUCAAUCUUACGAGAUCUUAUUAGAGGAGGUGGGCUGACUAUCGGAGUAAAAUGCAUCUUCAAAAUGAUCACUAUUGAUUGUUGUUAUUGAUGUUUUUCUCCUUACUGGAAGACUGGUUUGUAAGGCUUCACUUUUUGCCAUUCUCUGAAACAAGUCACCCUGGUAUUUUUUGGUGGACCUCCCCCUUGUUCGUGCAAUUUCAUUUGUUUGAUGGCAGCCAUUCUAGCAUGUUUACUUGGAUCAUGUGCCAAUAAGUUGAAAGAUAUCAUUAUUGAUGAAGCCAUAUUAAUCCUAGGGGUGGAAAAAGAGCUCUCAGAAGUACUGCGACGAGUAGAACUAAUACGGUGUUGCAUAUAUGAUGCUGAGAAAAGGAGGACAGAGGAGCGAGCAGUAAACAAUUGGCUUGAUCAGCUGAGAGAUGUUAUGUAUGAUGUUGAAGAAAUCUUGGACGUGGCUAGAUGUAAAGGAAACAAGCUACUUCCUGACCACCCUUCAUCAUCAUCAGGCAAAUCAGUUGCAUGUAAAGGCCUUUCUGUUUCCUCUUGUUUUUGCAACAUUGGGCCACGCCAUGAUGUUGCUGUUCGGAUUAGAAGCCUCAACAAGAAGAUAGAGAACAUUUUAAAGGACAAUAUAUUUUUAACAUUCAAAAGUAGUACAGAACCUACUGGAAAUGGUCGAACAUCCAAAAUAAUAAGAAGUUCCAACCUUGUUGAGCCCAACCUUGUGGGAAAAGAGAUAAUACAUUCUAGCAGGAAGCUGGUGGACUUAGUUCUUGCAUGCAAAGAAUACAAGUCAUACAAGAUCGGUAUAGUUGGAACAGGCGGAGUAGGAAAGACAACACUAGCUCAGAAAAUAUACAAUGACCAAAAAAUAAAAGCAAGCUUCCAGAUGCACGCAUGGAUUUGUGUUUCACAAGACUACAGUGAAGUGACUCUUCUUAAAGAGGUUCUCCGCAAUAUUGGUGUGCAUCAUGAGCAAGGUGAAAGCAUAGCUGAGCUGCAGAGGAAGCUUGCAGAAACAAUUGAAGGGAAGAGUUUUUUUCUAGUUCUGGAUGAUGUGUGGCAUUCAAACAUAUGGAUGGAUUUAUUAAGACCUGCAUUACAUGAAACAACUGUCGGAGUAAUAUUGGUAACCACAAGAGAUGAUCAAAUUGCAAUGAGAAUAGGUGUACAACAUACCCAUCGAGUUGAUCUCAUGUCAGUAGAGAUGGGAUGGGAGCUACUUUGGAAGAGCAUGAAUAUUGAUGAAGAGAAAGAAGUGCAAAAUCUAAGAAACAUCGGGAUUGAGAUUAUUCGUAAAUGUGGCUGCCUCCCUCUUGUAAUCAAGGUGACCGCUGGUGCUUUGGCAAGCAGAGAUCUAACGGAGAAUGAGUGGAAAAAGUAUUUGGGCAAAUAUGUUGGCUCUCAGAGCAUGCUCUUGGAUGAAAUACAAGGAGCUUUGUAUCUAAGCUAUGAUGAGUUAACACAUCGUCUGAAGCAAUGUUUCCUAUAUUGUGCUCUGUAUGCUGAAGAUUCUACCAUUCAACGUAAUCAAGUUACCCGGUUAUGGAUUGCUGAAGGCUUCAUUGAGGAGCAGCAAGGCCAACUACUAGAAGACAUAGCAGAAGAGUACUACUACGAGCUAAUACAUCGGAAUCUCCUCCAACCAGACAGGAUAUUGUUUGACCAGGCUAAAUGCAAAAUGCAUGACCUCUUAAGACAGCUUGCUUUAAAUAUAUCAAGAGAAGAAUGUUUUGUUGGAGAUGUUGAAUCAUUAAGGGGCGAAAAUAUGUCAAAACUGCGACGUGUUACUGCUGUCGCAGCUAAUGGGGAUAUAUUAGUGUUGCCUAGCAUGGAUAAGGUGGAAGUUAAGGUGAGGACUCUCCUAACUGUUUGGGGUCCACGGAACAUUGAGGUUACAUUGUUCAAGAGAUUUCUGCUUCUUCGUGUUUUGGUACUGAAUUGCUCACUUGUACAAAGCAUUCCAGGCUAUAUAGGAAAAUUGAUACAUCUACGUCUACUUAAUCUGGAUUAUACUGGCAUAUCUUGUCUUCCGGAAUCCAUUGGCUCCCUAAAGAACCUUCAAGUACUGAGCUUGAGAUGGUGUGAUGAUCUGCACAGUCUUCCUUUGGCAAUGACCCUGUUGUGCAGUUUAAGAUGCCUUGAUCUUUUUGGCACAAAAAUAAACCAGGUUCCAAAAGGCUUGGGGAAAUUGAAGCUCCUCACUUAUUUAGGAGAUUAUCCUGUUGGUGAUGGAAGUGAUAAUGCUGUUAUACAAGAUGGAUUGAAGUUGGAAGAGUUGUCUUCUUGGUCGCAGAUGAGGUACCUUUCUCUUGUUAAAUUGGAAAGAGCAGCUCACUGCAGUACAAAUACAGUGCUUACAGACAAAAAGCAUCUAAAAACUCUAAUGCUAGAGUGGACUGAACGUGGAGAGGGUUCAUAUUCAGAAGAAGACAUUAGUAAUACUGAGAAGGUCUUUGAGCAGCUAAUACCUCCGCACAACCUGGAAGACCUAUGUAUUUAUGGAUUCUUUGGUACGCGGUAUCCUACCUACUUUGCUACCGCCUAUUUGUCUUCAUUAUUAUACUUGAAACUCACAGAAGUCAAAUCAUGUGUGGAACUACCACCGAUCUGGCAGCUACCCAACUUGAAAUUUCUGAGAAUUGAUGGAGCACAUGCAGUUACCAAGGUUGGACCUGAAUUUGUUGGCUGCAAGAAGGGUGAUGUUGUGUGUAAUGAGUUGGUUGCUUUCCCUAAACUUGAAUGGUUGAUCUUCAUGGAUAUGCCCAACUGGGAGGUGUGGUCUUUUUGUGAGGAAGAAGUUGCUGCUGCUGAACGGAGAGAGGAUGUAACUGCUGAUAUUCGAAAAGAGGAUGCCCCAUCUGCAAAGCUGCGACUGAUGCCUCGUUUGGUGAAUUUGCAGCUCAUGAAGUGCCCAAAGCUGAGGGAUCUCCUGCAACAGCUUGGAAAAGACACCGCUUGUUUGAAGGUGCUCUGUUUAAUAGGACUGGACAACUUGAAGGCCGUGGAGGAUCGCCCAGUGCUCUCUGAGGACCUUGUUAUUUUUAAAUGCGAAGGCCUGGAGAGGAUCUGCAGCGUCCCUGAAGUGACAGAGCUGCGUGUAUUUGGUUGUCCAAACUUAAGCCAUGUAGAGGGUCUGGGCAGUUUGCAGCAGCUGUGGCUGGGCGAGGAUAUGCAAGAGGUCUCUUCCCGGUGGGUGCCUGGGCUCCAAGAGCAGCACCAGCGACUUCUUGGCGAAGAACUGGAUGUCUACACAUGGCGUUAG